GGCGGGGGGGAUCCGGGAAAGGCCGGGUGGUGUGUUGUGGGGCUAAUGGCUGCCUCCGGGAACCUCGGCAGCUUCCGUCUCCCGCCGCUGCCCACCAUUCGGGAACUCAUUAAGUUAUUCCGACUGCAAGCAGCGAAGCAGCUAUCCCAGAAUUUUCUUCUGGAUUUGAGGCUGACAGAUAAAAUUGUAAGGAAAGCUGGCAAUCUGACAAAUGCUUAUGUUUAUGAAGUGGGUCCCGGGCCAGGGGGAAUCACAAGGUCCAUUCUCAAUGCCAACGUUGCUGAUCUCUUGGUGGUUGAAAAGGAUACUCGAUUUAUUCCUGGAUUACAGAUGCUUUCUGAUGCAGCACCUGGAAAACUGAGAAUUGUUCAUGGAGAUGUGUUGACCUUUAAGAUAGAAAAGGCUUUUCCAGAAAGUCUUAAAAGACACUGGGAAGAUGAUCCCCCCAAUAUACAUAUAAUUGGAAAUCUGCCUUUUAGUGUUUCAACACCACUGAUUAUCAAAUGGCUUGAAAACGUUUCUUGUAGAGAUGGACCUUUUACUUAUGGCAGAACUCAGAUGACUUUGACUUUUCAAAAGGAAGUGGCUGAGAGACUCACGGCCACUAAAGGAAGCAAACAGCGCAGCCGCCUUUCCAUCAUGGCCCAGUACCUCUGCAGCGUGGAGCACAUCUUUACGAUUCCAGGUCAGGCUUUUGUCCCCAAGCCAGAGGUGGACGUGGGAGUGGUGCACUUCACGCCCCUGAUACGGCCCAAGAUAGAGCAGCCAUUCAAGCUGGUGGAGAAGGUCGUUCAGAGUGCAUUCCAGUUCCGGAGGAAGUACUGCCACCACGGCCUGGGAAUGCUGUUCCCUGCAGCUCAGCGCCUGGAGAGCACAGGAAGGUUGUUGCAGUUGGCAGACGUAGACCCCACUCUUCGUCCCACCCAGCUCUCGGUUUUGCACUUUAAGAACCUCUGUGACAUAUACAGAAAAAUGUGUGACAAAGACCCACAGCUCUUUGCUUAUAAUUUCCGAGAAGAACUCAAGCAAAGUAGAAGCAAAAAUCAGACUAAAGACAGUGACAAGGAGAGCUGUGGACUCUAGCAGGCUGCAGCCAGCAGGUGGGCUUCUCAGUCCUUGUCCGUCUUCACAGAACGACAGUAAAACACCCGUGGUCAGAUGACAUGCUCCUUUUACUGUACAACUUGGUAAAGAAAAUAAAUAUCAAGAUACAGUACCAGCUUUCUUUUAAUAUAUACUGCAUAGAUAUGACAUGUUUAGUAUAAACAGCAUCUAUUACAACCUUACAAAAAUGAAAUCUCUGCACAUUGUGCCCCUAAACCACAUUAAAAUAACUUAAAUUUGCUUUAAAUAAAGCAAAAACUAACAGCUCAAAGAAAAUGCCCAGAAGCUUCUGGGGGAAAAAAGGAUCCCUUUAAAGCUAUUAAUCACAACUUCCCCGACCUUACUUUUUCCACAUAACUUAAAGUAAUUAGAAUGAAAUUUUAUUUUAAGGAUUCUAAAUCAUUUUGAUACCUGCUCAAAAAGGGAUAUAAACUAAUUUACAGAUUCUGACCAGUUUAAUCUGGUUUUCUGGUCCACAAUAAAUUAAAAUAACUUAAAUCUUUACAAUGUUUUUGUGGGAAAAUAUAUACUGCACAAAACCCAGUAGUGGUCUUUCUGCAGUUUCCACUUCACCAAUUUUAAAAGUCAAGGAUCAGUGUCAUGAGUCUGGAUCGAGCUGCACUAUGAUUUUCCAUGGCUCUCUGUUUCGUAAAAGCACUCCUCGUUGACAACCGAAGUUAAGCUCUGGACACUGAAUUCCCGCUCUAGAACCAAAUUUAGAUCAAUGUUGGCGUUUUCGGGUUGACUGUCAAGGGACUGGUGACGAGUCUGCGCCUUGAGCAGAGUCGCUCUGUCCCUCUUGGUGCUGUUUGCUUUUCGUUUAAUGGGGCAGAAGUGGGCCCGGACCAGCUUGGGCUGCUCCCCUCCCUUCUGGCCCUCGUCAGCCCUGGUGCCCGGCUGGUGGUCAGCCGGGAGUGGGUCAGGAUCCUCAGAGAUUCUUAGUCUUUGGAACCGAAUUUCGAUGUCCUUGGUAGGGCUGCCCUGGUUCAGUGUCGGGUGGCAGUCCUCAUCUUCGUCGCUCAGAAUAUCGCUCUCUUUGAUGAGACUGUCUGGAAACUCUGCUGGGCCAACGUGGGGGUCCCUCCCGGGAGCCGCGCUCUUGCAGUCCUGCCUGCUCUCAGCCACAGGGCAGCCACUGCUCUGGGUGCCGCUGCUCAAGCUGCACUCGUCUGAGUCCAGAGAGUGGCCCUUGCUGGACUCACUGGGCCAAUCGCUGCUGGCAGAGGUCCUGAGGACUUUCAAAGACCUGGACGAGGCUGCAACGAGAAAAGAACAUUGCUCUCCCUUUGUGACCCAAAGAGAUUACAUAGUGGGCAGUUUCUGAUUCGUAAGGUAUGAGACUUAACAUCUUAAUUACGUACGACUGUAUUCCAUCAUUUGAAAUCUAUUACCUGGUAUUUAGACAGAAAUGUGUAAAUACUGCAAGCAUAGAAAUUUUUUAUUUAUGUUCAUUUGAAAUUAUAAGUUCAGGGAAGUGAGCAUUUUUUAUUAUUUUUAUAAAUAAUGAAGCUCUAGUAAACUACCUAUAGAGCCUAGAACUCUUAUUUUGCCAACAAGUAAACUGAAAAUUAAUCACUAAUAAAAUCUAGGUUCCGAUCUUUGUAAUCUGAUAAUCAAGAUUAUACCAUCUUUCUCUGCAUAUUUUCUUGUUUAUUUUCCUUGCUCAAUUAAAAGCAGAAAUAUGUUCUUUAUCUUUCAUAAGAACCCUCUCUGGAAUUUCUAAGCAACUUUCAGCGAGUCUGCAUUCUGCAUGUGUGUGUUUCAUUCUGUUCUCUUGGGCUGAUGGGGAAAGGAACUUGCAGUUGAAGUGUUUCCAGACAUUAGCUGCAUAUUAUUUUUUGGUGGCCAGGGUUUAUUUUGACAUUAAACACAUAAUCUGAAAAGGUCAAA